AUGUUUUAAAAGGAGCAAAGAAAUACUACCAAUUCUGGAUAUCAGAGUACUUCAAACGCCUAUAUUAUGGCCAUGAAGGCACUUCAGGAAAAAAUAAAAGCAAUGGAAACCUAAAGAAAUGAUUUAUAGCCUUCUAAUAAAAAGAAGAUUAAGGAUGAUGAAAUUUUGAUCUAGUAAAUACAAGAAUUGAGAAAUUAAAAUGAAUCAUUAUCUAUUUAACUAUAAAGACAAUAAAAUGAUAAAGAAAAUAUUAAUAAUUAUAUAUUAUAAAUUGAAGCUUUGCAAUAAGAGAGAUUAAUAUAAUUGAAAGAAUAUCAAGAUAGAAUUGAAGAACUUAUUCAAAAAAUAGAAGAAGGUAAGAAGUAAAGAUAUGAGAUGUAGAAUAAAAUAGAUCAAUUGUAAAAGUAGUUGGAAUAGUAUAAAAUAAAUGAAAGAGGAUUUAUGCAGAAAUUGGAUCAACAAAAAUUAGAUGAGAAUUAAAAAUAAAAUGAAUUAAUAUUGGAUUUAAAGCAUAGAGCGGAAUAAGGACAAUCAUAUGCAAAAAAACUUGAGAAGAGAUAUGAGAAACUGUAAAAUGAGAAACACUAAUUGGAAUCAAACUAUAUAGAUUAUAAGGAGAGAUUCCCUGCAUUUAAAUUGCAAGAAUAUGAAAAAUAAAUUUAGAUGUAUAGAAGUUAAUUGGAAGAAAAGGAAAGGGUAUUUUUGAAAAUGAUGGAAGAAAUUUAGGAAUAAUUUUAAACAACAGAAGAUCAAUUGACCAGGAGAAUCUAAGAUUUAUUAAAAAAGACUAAUGAACAAUAAUCUACAAUAAAUAAAUUGACUACUGAAUUAAAAGAUUUAAAUUUAAAGCAUCAGUAAUUGUAAUUGAGAUUGGAAUAUGAAGAAAAAAAUAACAAAUUUAAUCGUAAAAGGAUGAAAAAUGCAUCCUCUUUUGAAGAUUUAGAACUUGAUAUACCAAUCAAUAAUCCAAGCUAAUAUUAUUUAAAUUAUCAAAAUAAGAAAGGUGCAAAAGUAAAUGGAGAACAAUUCUAACCCCAAUUCUCUAGUCCUGUAUUUGAAUAAAGUUUAGUAAAAUCUAACAAUGCAUUAAAACAAGCAAUAAAGGAUUGUUUAGAAGAUAUGAAAUAAACCAGCCUAAUAAAGCCUGAAUCACAUUUAUAUGGAGACCAAAGCUUAUAAUAAAUUUCAAAAAACAAAAGAAUAUCGCCUCCUAUCUCGGCAAGAACUAAUGAAAUUGAUAAUUAGCUGAAAUAAUUGAAUAAUAGAUAUGAAUAAUUAUUAAGAUAAGCUCAGAGAGAAUCAGAUUUUAAGAUAAAAGCCUAAAUUCGAAAAGAAUUAUUAGAUAUCGCCGAACAAAUAAAAGAGUUAAAUAGAAAAUGA